AUGUGUCCGACAGAAAUGGAUUUGCAGGUUGUGUUGGACAAUGGCAUCGUCCAACUCACGUUGUCGAAGCCCGGUGGUUCCAUUACGGGAGUCAAAUACCAUGGACUUGAUAAUGUAAUGGAAGUUAAGAACUGGGAAGACGGUAGAGGGUAUUGGGAUCUUGUUUGGAAUCCAUCAGAUCGAGAUCCAGGCAUAUUUCAGAUAAUACUCGGAACAGAAUUUAAGGUAGUGCAGCAAGAUGCAAACCAGGUUGAGGUCUCUUUCAGAACACAAUGGGAUCCCUCCCACGGAGGCAAGCUUGUGCCUUUAAACAUCGACAAAAGGUUUGUGAUGUUGCGAGGCAGCUCAGGCUUCUACACCUACGCCAUAUAUGAACACCUUCAAGGCUGGCCCGACUUCAAUCUAGGAGAGACCAGGGUGGCUUUCAAGCUUAGGAAGGAUAUGUUUCACUACAUGGCCAUUGCAGACAACAGACAGAGAAUCAUGCCCAUGCCAGAAGAUCGCGAGGCCGGAAGGUCACGGAGGUUGGGUUACGCAGAAGCAGUCAGACUCACUAACCCAAUUAAUGCAGACUUGAGAGGGGAGGUGGAUGAUAAAUACCAGUAUUCCUGUGAUAACAAGGACAGUAUGGUGCAUGGAUGGAUUUCUUCUGAUCCUUCCGUAGGGUUUUGGGUGAUCACCCCAAGUAAUGAGUUUAAGUCAGGAGGGCCUGUGAAGCAGGAUCUGACAUCUCAUGCUGGUCCUACCUCCCUCGCUAUCUUUGUGAGUUCUCAUUACACCGGGGACGACAUUGUGCCUAGAGUCAGAAACGGAGAAUACUGGAAGAAGGUGUUUGGCCCUGUGUUCAUUUACCUUAAUUCUGCAUCGACGAAAUCGGAUCCCAAGCUUCUCUGGGAGGACGCCAAGAAGCAGGCGCGGGUUGAAGAGGGAAGCUGGCCGUACAAAUUUCCUGCUUCAAAGGACUUCCAAAAGAGCGAGCAAAGAGGCUCUGUUUCCGGUAGACUACUCGUUGUAGACGAGCCCGCCAAUAACGAUUCCGUAAAUGGGAAUGCUGCUUUUGUUGGUUUGGCUUCACCAGGAGAAGCAGGAUCUUGGCAGAGAGAUAGCAAGGGAUACCAAUUCUGGGAAAGAGCAGACGUUGAAGGCAAACAUGUUGAGCUCACUUGCUUGACUUCUUCUGCCGCCACCCUAUCUAGGAAGCAUGGGCAGGCUUCCUAUCAGGCAACUACAUGGCAGAUAAAGUUUCCACUCAAUAAUGUACACCGGAAUGGAACUUACAAGCUUCGACUGGCACUUGCAUCUGCCGCAUUAUCUGAGAUACAAGUUCGAUUCAACAACCCAAUAGUGCAGCAGCCUGCUCACUUCACGACCGGGCUAAUUGGGAGAGACAACUCGAUCGCCCGACACGGAAUCCAUGGGUUGUACUGGUUGUUCAGCAUCGAUGUGGAUAGCAGUUGGCUUCUUGAAGGCGACAACAUCAUCUUCUUAACCCAGACGCGGUCUGUAAGCCCUUUUCAAGGAGUCAUGUACGACUACAUCCGAUUGGAAGCUCCCGCAUGA